CAUAUCACCUGGAGGACAGAGCCCGAACCCCACCCCAGAGCAGACAUAUCACCUGGAGGACAGAGCCCGAACCCCACCCCAGAGCAGACAUAUCACCUGGAGGACAGAGCCCGAACCCCACCCCAGAGCAGACAUAUCACCUGGAGGACAGAGCCCGAGCCCCGCCCCAGAGCAGACAUCUCACCUGGAGGACAGAGCCCCGCCCCAGAGCAGACAUCUCACCUGGAGGACAGAGCCCCGCCCCAGAGCCAACAUCUCACCUGGAGGACAGAGCCCCGCCCCAGAGCAGACAUCUCACCUGGAGGACAGAGCCCCGCCCCAGAGCAGACAUCUCACCUGGAGGACAGAGCCCUGCCCCAGAGCUGACCUCUCACCUGGAGGACAGAGCCCCGCCCAGAUCUUACAAGCCUAAAAGUUGUUGCAGUUUUCCACCAGCUGCCUGUUGCCGAGCCUCUGGUUUCCUAGGACCCCCAGGUGAUGGACUGUUAACAGACCUUAGUACAGCCAAUACUAGUCGCAACGCAAGCUGUCACCAUAGUGACCCUGACCAGCCAUGGGGAAGCAGAACAGCAAACUCCGCCCAGAGGUGAUGCAGGACCUGCUGGAGAGCACAGACUUCACGGAGCAUGAGAUCCAGGAGUGGUACAAGGGCUUUCUGCGGGACUGCCCUAGUGGGAACCUAUCCAUGGAGGAGUUCAAGAAGAUCUAUGGCAACUUCUUCCCAUACGGAGAUGCCUCCAAGUUUGCCGAGCACGUCUUCCGCACCUUCGAUGCCAACGGCGAUGGGACGAUAGAUUUCCGGGAGUUCAUCAUCGCCCUUAGCGUUACAUCACGGGGCAAACUGGAGCAGAAGCUCAAGUGGGCCUUCAGCAUGUAUGACCUGGACGGGAACGGAUACAUCAGCAAGUCUGAGAUGCUGGAGAUUGUUCAGGCCAUUUAUAAGAUGGUAUCUUCAGUGAUGAAAAUGCCGGAGGAUGAAUCGACUCCAGAGAAGAGGACAGAGAAGAUCUUCAGACAGAUGGACACCAACAGAGACGGGAAGCUGUCCCUGGAGGAGUUCAUCAAGGGAGCGAAGAGUGACCCCUCUAUAGUGCGCCUGCUACAGUGUGACCCCAGCAGCGCCGGACAGUUCUAACCGCCCCCCCCCCCCCCCCCCCCCCCCCCCCUCGGGUUCCACAACACACAUUGCUUGUUUGGGUGAAUCCAAAUAGCCCCUCCCCUUCCACCUUGGAGCAAUCUGAUGAAGACAAGCAACGGCUUCAAAUGACACUUACGACAGCGGGCCAAUGAGAGCCAGUCAUGUUCUACAGACUCCUCCCUCCUCUCUAACUCUGCCCCCGGCAGACAACCAACAACCUACCUACAGGUUCCAAUGAUUCCAGUUCUGAUGUGGUCCACUGCCUGUGUGUUUUAACAGUCUUUGAGUGGUCCAGGUAUUUUACAAGUCCUAGUAGAUGUCCCAACUAGCAGCCUAUUCCCUAUACAGUGUCCUUCUGUUAACCACCAUAUGGUCCUUAGUCCUAACUAUUGUAUUCCACAGGGAAAAGGCUUUUUAACCUGAUAUGUAUUUGAAUGCAAACUAGAGUCUCCCUGAUUGGUUCUCCUUGGUUCUUAGUGUUCUCAAUGCUCCGGACUGGACAAAACCGUGGUCCUCAACUAAGUCCUCCUAGCUAUUUUGUGUAUCGUAAACAGUGCAUGAGCGAGAGGGACAGCGGGAGCCAGACAGUGAGGAGUGUGUUUGUGAAGGUAAUUGAGAUGACAGAAACUACAGGAAAGGAGGUUGUAAUUCUUGUCCCGUCAGUGGAAAGAUAAUUGUUUUAGAUCUUUUUUUUUUUUUUUUUUUACUGUGAGAAUGUGUAUGUAUGUGUUGUGUUUUUGCAAGCUUGACACAUUUAUUUGUUUUAAUGUUUUUGGUUCAUAUUUGUGCUGGUAUUUUCAGACUCUAGUUAAAAACGGGGUCUCUGUGUAGUGCUAUGCAUAUUAAAGGCCCUUGGUAACAGUUUAAAAUACCUCUAGAGCAAAGGAAGAGGACUGUCCCUGUGUAUGUUUACCAAAUGACACCUAGGGCCUAGAUAGGGCACUAGUUAAGACCUGGCCCUUAGUGCCAAUAUCUCUCGUCUUCACUUCCUCCAUAUCAUUAGUUGUUAUGAAUAGUAACUGUCUUCUGGACAUGUUUCUUUUUUGUGCACAAAAAAAAAAAACACUUUUGUAAACAGUUAGUUGCAUUUUAAAUUCAAAUAGGAAUUAUGCCCGAACAUUGCCCUGAGGAUGUCUGAUCCCAGACUUAUGGGGUCAGCGAGUUAAACGAGAUUACACCUAAAAGUAUAAAAUGGAAAUGUUACUCCUUUCUGUGUACUUCCAAUGUUCAAGCAGUGCUCCAGAAACCACCUGGGCCGAGAACCAGAACAGCGCAUUGCACAACCGAACAAAUGUUAUGUGAUGCGUUUCCAUAGAAGUUGUUUAAACUGAAGCAUGCAGAUCUGUUUUAGUUCUCGUUAACUGUCGUGGAGAACGAGAAACAAUUUCACAUUACAUUUUAGAUGUUUUAAAUGGCGCAUGUUAAACAAGUUGAAAUAAUUUUUCAAAGGAGGGGUUUGUUUAUGAGCACGUACAUGUAUGCAUGUGACGCUGAGCAUGUGUGUUUCUGGUCGUUAGUGUUUGACUACCCUAAGCCCAGCCUCCCCAAAACAUUGCCUAUGUCGGUUUGUGAUUAUGGGUAACCAACAUUUGUAGAGUUUCUUAAAAAGAAAAUAUUAAAAAAAGACAAAGCUUCAUUAAGAGACAGCAGCUAUGAGCUCAAGUACUGAUCAUACACCACAGGACAACACACACACACAGAGUGAGCACUCCUGGAUGGGCAUGUAUCAAAUGUUACAUCCUUUGAGCUCACAGACCUCCACUCUAGUCUUCAACCCGGCUGUCAGUUCUACUGCGUCGGUUUUAAGAGUUGCUCAGUCUGGAACCCAUUGAACAACCCUUCCAUCUUCUGUUAAUUGAAUGUAUCUGAGGCUCAUCCUGGGGCCUAAAGCAGUGGUGUCAGUUACCUUACUUUUCAUUGGACAAAUGUUUAAAUGUUUCUUGAAAAUAACUGCUGUUUUGUAAAGAAAGAAGUACAUUGAAAACUGAGGAUCACAACUACUGCAGUGAUAAUGUCACAUUCUAUUUUAUUGUAUUUCUAUUAUAUUUUUUAAGCUGUCAGCUGUAACAUUUCUGUUAAACAAAAACAAUUGCAUCAUGUGGUCAAGUGCCAAAUAAACAAAAACAGUAUUGUAUACAUUUAUACUGUAAAAAUGUCGAACAAAAUGUUUGUAAUUGUUGCAUUUUGUAGGUUUUGUAUUUGUAUCCUGCUAUAGUGACCGUGUAGUUUUUUGAACACAGGAUUCUGUUUUUGGUCAACUUUGAAAAGCAAGAAUAAAAUCAGCAAAUUUUGUGCGCUA